AUGCCUUUCGUAGCUUCCACAAGCAAACAUCCUACGGCAGUUCUGGGUGCCGUUUCGGGUUUUUUUUUGGGCAAUGGGGAAUCGUUAGUUCUUUUGAAUCGACUGAACGUCGUUUCUCUCUUCAGUGAGACGGCAGAGGCGCUUGAACAUCUCAGGGACUUUACUUUAUUUGCUUCUCUGAAGUAUGUGGAGGCCCUGCCAUUGUUUGAUUCGAAGGGCUCUGGUAGACAUGUGGCAUUUCUGUUUUCUGUCAAACAGGAGGUCUCUAUUGUGGCAUUUGAACGAAGUGUGGAUGGCACGAUUGAAAUGAUAACAUUGUUUCACGGCGACGUUGACACUUGUUUUUAUCAGGAGAGGCCCAAUGAGGCAUCAUUGUGCUGCUCAGGGAGCUACCAGACAUCUCGUAAUGAUGUUCUUCCUUUAGUUACAUUUUCCAUUCAUCGCGGGAGUGUGUUUCUUUUUGAUGUUGCGGCCGCAAUUGCCGUUUAUGGCGGGAAGUACAGGAACGCAUCUCUUGUUCUUGAAAAGCUGUUUUCUCCUGAAUACGCCCAACAAGUACUGAGAAAACAGAAGAAACAAACUCUUUUCGUCCAAGGACACCUCAACGCAUCGGAAUUGGAUGUUCGGAGCAUGAUUUUUGGUCCUUGCGAUAGUGAGAAAAAUGCGGCCGCUCUCUAUGUCCUUUACGCCGAUUCCUCUUCAAAGACGCAUGUAUCUGAGUACUCCAUUCAUAUUGGUAUGAACGAGGAACAACACAGAGGACAAAAGAAAAAUAUUUGGCCGUGGCUACCGAAUACUUUGGAUGUUUUUUCUAGAGGAGAUGUGUUUAGGAGGAAAGCCGUGUUUUUGGCAAAUGUUGAAACCAACGCAUGCCUUUUACAAGUGAACUCUGAGGGACUUUUUGUGCUCGGGCCCCAAUUGAUCUCAUUUGUUUCUUGGAGGAUUGCAUCGAAUCAGUCGACUAUGAGUAAAAAUGUGACGACGCUUGCAUUCCCCUCUUUUAGUGCUUAUGUUGAACCGGUUUGUUCUGCUUCACUUCCCAAUAGAGAGCUACUUAUAUUCUUUUGGGAUGGAACGUACGUCAAAACGGCAUUACAGGAGGAAUCUGAGGGUUUGAAUUCCAAUAAGAUGCUGCUGGUAAAUUUGGCAGUUUCGUCGUUACGCACCAUACCGGAUUCACUUGCAAUUCUUGGUGGGGGACACUGUGUAAUAGGAUCCCGCAUGACGAAUACGCUUUGGCUGAAAUGGCGUACGGGAGAAAGUGGGGUUUUGUUGGAGAAUUGUGGACCUGUAUUUGACUUAACAAUAGCCGUCGAUGGUCCUCGCAUGGGGGUAAUCGCGAGCACAGGCGUGGGUAUGGGUGGUGGCGUAAGUCUUCAAAGAUCUGCAGUUAACUUUCGUCACGAUGCGGCCAUUGAUAAUCUUUUAAAUGUUACUCGGUUGUUUGCUGCAGGGGAUAUAGUUAUUCUUUCUUUUCCUGGGUAUAGUAGAGUAUAUCAGUUCCAGACUACGCCAAACAUGACUACUAUUAAGGAGCUUUCCGAGUCUCCUUUUGACAAAUCGAAAGUGACAUUAUCACUUGUGUAUGUUUCUGAGCGAAACACAUUUGUACAGGUGACUUCAGUUGGAGUAAACUUUGUGAAGGGUGGUAAAGGAGCAUAUAUUAUCUGUAAAAAUGAAUUUGGCAUUCAGCAUGCAAGUGCGAAUGCCAAUUUGAGAUUACUUGUAUUCUCAAGCUCAAGAUUGGUAUCCGUUGUGGAUCUCAAUACCCACCAUACAAGGGCGUCACUUGAGCUGGAAAACGAAGUUUCAUGUUUGGUAAUUUCAUCUUCGCAGGGUUUUGUAAUUGGAGAAUGGAACUCCGGUGCUGUUUGUUUGUAUGAGGUUCAGGAUGGAGAGAUUUUAUUGAAGGGUCGCAUUUUUUGUUCGGCAACCUCGUGUUCCAUGUGUAUUUUGUCACACCUUCAUACACCACGACUUGUUGUUGGAUUACUGAAUGGGUAUAUUGCGGAUAUUUCUUUGGAAUCAAUGUUAAUGGGAAGUGCUGCUCGGGAAACAUUUAUUAGGAUGCAGCCUGUGCAAUUAUUUAAUUUGGAAAGCCAUAAUGCAGUUCUUUGCCUUGGAGAAGUACCUCUCAUCAUCAUUCUUUGCGAUACGGGCUUUCAACUUACUGGAAUUGAUUUCAAUGAUGUUGCGGCGUGCGCUAUAAUUGAAGGUUCCCACAUUUCAUCUAAAUACAUAUUUCUUUCUCAGAGUGAAAAUUCUCUUGCGUUUGGGAAUAUUGUGGAUCUUAAGAAAG